UUUCUAAUACUAAGUAGACUUCAAUGAAAGAGAUCUCCGAUCCUCUAUGUUUCAUUCAUUUUCAAACUAGAAUGUGUGUUGUUUCACAGGAAUUACAAUCACUUAGAAAUAAGUACAAGCAUUUAACUGAUAAAUUAUUUUAAACUAAUGAUGAAGUCAUUUUAUGUGUAUCCGUUUCUGUUUGAGUGAAUUUGAAUGAAUGAUUAUAGUUGUAUGUAUAUUUCUACAGUAUAGUCUUGAUAAAGUUUUGAUCAUUCAAUAUUUUGGUGGAAUAGUAAGCAAUUUAUCUGAAGUAUUUCUGUAAAAGAUUGUUGUGUGAAAUUCGCAUAAAUCACUGAAUCUUGAUAUAGAAAUUUAUUGAUGUUGAUUAGCAUGACGUUUACGCAAGCGACAAAAUUCAUGAUUUCAUUUACAUUGAAAUGCAUGUUGAUUGUUCUUUAAGUGAUUCGAUUAGAGAAUAUACCAAACUCCAUGACCGUUGGCAUUUCUUAUUGCAUGUCAAUAAAAUGUUCGAGAAUACUUAAAAUUUGGUCUCAAUAUCUAGUUCAUCAGGAAGAAAUAAAGUGCUCAGUUACUAUGAAUACUGCCAUUAUUUUGUGAGGAUAUCACUGAGUUUUCCCAAUACUUCGAAAUAAUGAGCAGUGAGAAAAACGCAGCAUCUCUUUGGGUUUGCUGACAAAGUAGCAAUGAAAGAGAUAACAAUCAACUUAUUAUCACAUCGGUAAAUUCAUGGGUCUCACCGAACCACACUACGGAGAACCAGAUCAAUCAUUUUGCAUCUCUAACAAAUUCAGAUCAAUGGAAGACGUGAGAACUAAGAGAGAGAGAGAGAGGCCUAUAUAACUUCAGAUCGAGACCCUGAUCGGGAUUCAAGAAAGAAAGAAAGAACAAAAAGACAGCAAUUAACAACAGUCGAACAGGAACAGAGAAAUCCAAGGUACAGACCAAAUACGCAGAAGCAAACAAGCAAGUGAAGAUGAGCAUGAGACUUGACAAACAGAAAUACGUGGAAGACCUAGCAACGGCAGUGGACAAAGCUGCAACAGAAGGAUAUAUCAGAAAAGUAUAUGAUAUAACGAAUAAACUGGUAGGGUAAUAUAGUAAACCAUAGCAACCAAUCAAGGACGAAGAAGGCAAGCCAAUGAGUGCGGUUCAAGAAUGGUGGAACAGGUGGAUUGAACAAUUUGGAGAGCUCUUCAACAGAUUAGCUCAUAGAACACACUGUACAUCGAUGCAACACACAUACAGACCUUCCUAUAGAUCUCACUCCACCUACAAUCGAAGAAAUCAGGAUGAACGCCAGACAAAUCAAGUGUGAAAAAUCAGUUGGACCUGACAACAUAUCAGACGGAGCAUUGAAGUCAGACAUAGAACUGCAACCAUGUCCAAUGUUCUAUUUAGGACGAUCUGUGAAGAGAAUCAAGUCCAACAGGCUGAGAAAAAUGAUAUUUAAUCGAGAUCCCAAGGAAGUAGAUCUAAGCAGGUGUGAAAACUGCAGAAGCAGCACACUACUAUCAGUACCAGAAAACGUUUUCAACAGAAUGUUGUCAAACCGAACCAAAGAUUCGUUAAACACAUAAUUUCAAGAUGAACAGGUCGGAUUCCGUACGAAUUAUUAUUAUUUGUUGACCUUGAUCACGCUGACAUGUCACUUAAUAAAUAUUAUAUCUAAUACAACUGUACUGUCAAGUACCAUGUCAAGCUAAAAACGGGUUAUUUUAACUUGCGGAAUGUCCAGUUUAUUCGUCCAUCUUGAGUCACACUUUGACCUGGCCAAUUAUUCUCUCACAAAACUUGACUGCUUUUAUAUGAGCGUACGUGUGUGUGUUGCUUAUCCUACCCAUCACAUGUCUGUAGCUUAUUUUUGUCUUGCUAUAAAUAUUGAGUCACGCUUUAUUAAAGGGAGUUGACACACUUACCUUUCCUACUUUUCAUUAUGAAUGUCUAUCUGGAUCAACGAGUGCUUAGAAUGAAUUCAUCUAACGCAACCCAUAAUUGGCUUCUUAUUACCGCCGUCACACAAACAGGGUAAGGCUAUAUAAUAGACGGAGUUAAAUGUCAGAUUUAUAUUUGUAGCAUAUUCAUACGUUCAUCCAUAUCGGAGUCAAAUUAACAGGCCACAAACUACUAACUAUUCUAGAAGUACUGUUGUUUUCAUUUUUACAACUACAUUGAUACUGAUUUUUCUCUAUACUAAUAAUUAACGUUUUGUAUUGUUGUACUUUCAGUGUUAAAUAUACUUAAAUUAAUUAGAGACUUCAUAUUUCUUCCGCUCCUUUGAUCUUAAAUUAAAUACAAACGGAAUCUGUAUUGUUUCACAAGAACUACGAUGACGUAGAAAUAAGUACAAGCAUUUAACUGAUAAAUUAUUUUAAACUAAUGAUGAAGUCAUUUUAUGUGUAUCCGUUUCUGUUUGAGUGAAUUUGAAUGAAUGAUUAUAGUUGUAUGUAUAUUUCUACAGUAUAGUCUUGAUAAAGUUUUGAUCAUUCAAUAUUUUGGUGGAAUAGUAAGCAAUUUAUCUGAAGUAUUUCUGUAAAAGAUUGUUGUGUGAAAUUCGCAUAAAUCACUGAAUCUUGAUAUAGAAAUUUAUUGAUGUUGAUUAGCAUGACGUUUACGCAAGCGACAAAAUUCAUGAUUUCAUUUACAUUGAAAUGCAUGUUGAUUGUUCUUUAAGUGAUUCGAUUAGAGAAUAUACCAAACUCCAUGACCGUUGGCAUUUCUUAUUGCAUGUCAAUAAAAUGUUCGAGAAUACUUAAAAUUUGGUCUCAAUAUCUAGUUCAUCAGGAAGAAAUAAAGUGCUCAGUUACUAUGAAUACUGCCAUUAUUUUGUGAGGAUAUCACUGAGUUUUCCCAAUACUUCGAAAUAAUGAGCAGUGAGAAAAACGCAGCAUCUCUUUGGGUUUGCUGACAAAGUAGCAAUGAAAGAGAUAACAAUCAACUUAUUAUCACAUCGGUAAAUUCAUGGGUCUCACCGAACCACACUACGGAGAACCAGAUCAAUCAUUUUGCAUCUCUAACAAAUUCAGAUCAAUGGAAGACGUGAGAACUAAGAGAGAGAGAAAGAGAGAGAGAGAGAGAGAGAGGCCUAUAUAACUUCAGAUCGAGACCCUGAUCGGGAUUCAAGAAAGAAAGAAAGAACAAAAAGACAGCAAUUAACAACAGUCGAACAGGAACAGAGAAAUCCAAGGUACAGACCAAAUACGCAGAAGCAAACAAGCAAGUGAAGAUGAGCAUGAGACUUGACAAACAGAAAUACGUGGAAGACCUAGCAACGGCAGUGGACAAAGCUGCAACAGAAGGAUAUAUCAGAAAAGUAUAUGAUAUAACGAAUAAACUGGUAGGGUAAUAUAGUAAACCAUAGCAACCAAUCAAGGACGAAGAAGGCAAGCCAAUGAGUGCGGUUCAAGAAUGGUGGAACAGGUGGAUUGAACAAUUUGGAGAGCUCUUCAACAGAUUAGCUCAUAGAACACACUGUACAUCGAUGCAACACACAUACAGACCUUCCUAUAGAUCUCACUCCACCUACAAUCGAAGAAAUCAGGAUGAACGCCAGACAAAUCAAGUGUGAAAAAUCAGUUGGACCUGACAACAUAUCAGACGGAGCAUUGAAGUCAGACAUAGAAGUAACUGCAACCAUGUCCAAUGUUCUAUUUAGGACGAUCUGUGAAGAGAAUCAAGUCCAACAGGCUGAGAAAAAUGAUAUUUAAUCGAGAUCCCAAGGAAGUAGAUCUAAGCAGGUGUGAAAACUGCAGAAGCAGCACACUACUAUCAGUACCAGAAAACGUUUUCAACAGAAUGUUGUCAAACCGAACCAAAGAUUCGUUAAACACAUAAUUUCAAGAUGAACAGGUCGGAUUCCGUACGAAUUAUUAUUAUUUGUUGACCUUGAUCACGCUGACAUGUCACUUAAUAAAUAUUAUAUCUAAUACAACUGUACUGUCAAGUACCAUGUCAAGCUAAAAACGGGUUAUUUUAACUUGCGGAAUGUCCAGUUUAUUCGUCCAUCUUGAGUCACACUUUGACCUGGCCAAUUAUUCUCUCACAAAACUUGACUGCUUUUAUAUGAGCGUACGUGUGUGUGUUGCUUAUCCUACCCAUCACAUGUCUGUAGCUUAUUUUUGUCUUGCUAUAAAUAUUGAGUCACGCUUUAUUAAAGGGAGUUGACACACUUACCUUUCCUACUUUUCAUUAUGAAUGUCUAUCUGGAUCAACGAGUGCUUAGAAUGAAUUCAUCUAACGCAACCCAUAAUUGGCUUCUUAUUACCGCCGUCACACAAACAGGGUAAGGCUAUAUAAUAGACGGAGUUAAAUGUCAGAUUUAUAUUUGUAGCAUAUUCAUACGUUCAUCCAUAUCGGAGUCAAAUUAACAGGCCACAAACUACUAACUAUUCUAGAAGUACUGUUGUUUUCAUUUUUACAACUACAUUGAUACUGAUUUUUCUCUAUACUAAUAAUUAACGUUUUGUAUUGUUGUACUUUCAGUGUUAAAUAUACUUAAAUUAAUUAGAGACUUCAUAUUUCUUCCGCUCCUUUGAUCUUAAAUUAAAUACAAACGGAAUCUGUAUUGUUUCACAAGAACUACGAUGACGUAGAAAUAAGUACAAGCAUUUAACUGAUAAAUUAUUUUAAACUAAUGAUGAAGUCAUUUUAUGUGUAUCCGUUUCUGUUUGAGUGAAUUUGAAUGAAUGAUUAUAGUUGUAUGUAUAUUUCUACAGUAUAGUCUUGAUAAAGUUUUGAUCAUUCAAUAUUUUGGUGGAAUAGUAAGCAAUUUAUCUGAAGUAUUUCUGUAAAAGAUUGUUGUGUGAAAUUCGCAUAAAUCACUGAAUCUUGAUAUAGAAAUUUAUUGAUGUUGAUUAGCAUGACGUUUACGCAAGCGACAAAAUUCAUGAUUUCAUUUACAUUGAAAUGCAUGUUGAUUGUUCUUUAAGUGAUUCGAUUAGAGAAUAUACCAAACUCCAUGACCGUUGGCAUUUCUUAUUGCAUGUCAAUAAAAUGUUCGAGAAUACUUAAAAUUUGGUCUCAAUAUCUAGUUCAUCAGGAAGAAAUAAAGUGCUCAGUUACUAUGAAUACUGCCAUUAUUUUGUGAGGAUAUCACUGAGUUUUCCCAAUACUUCGAAAUAAUGAGCAGUGAGAAAAACGCAGCAUCUCUUUGGGUUUGCUGACAAAGUAGCAAUGAAAGAGAUAACAAUCAACUUAUUAUCACAUCGGUAAAUUCAUGGGUCUCACCGAACCACACUACGGAGAACCAGAUCAAUCAUUUUGCAUCUCUAACAAAUUCAGAUCAAUGGAAGACGUGAGAACUAAGAGAGAGAGAGAGAGGCCUAUAUAACUUCAGAUCGAGACCCUGAUCGGGAUUCAAGAAAGAAAGAAAGAACAAAAAGACAGCAAUUAACAACAGUCGAACAGGAACAGAGAAAUCCAAGGUACAGACCAAAUACGCAGAAGCAAACAAGCAAGUGAAGAUGAGCAUGAGACUUGACAAACAGAAAUACGUGGAAGACCUAGCAACGGCAGUGGACAAAGCUGCAACAGAAGGAUAUAUCAGAAAAGUAUAUGAUAUAACGAAUAAACUGGUAGGGUAAUAUAGUAAACCAUAGCAACCAAUCAAGGACGAAGAAGGCAAGCCAAUGAGUGCGGUUCAAGAAUGGUGGAACAGGUGGAUUGAACAAUUUGGAGAGCUCUUCAACAGAUUAGCUCAUAGAACACACUGUACAUCGAUGCAACACACAUACAGACCUUCCUAUAGAUCUCACUCCACCUACAAUCGAAGAAAUCAGGAUGAACGCCAGACAAAUCAAGUGUGAAAAAUCAGUUGGACCUGACAACAUAUCAGACGGAGCAUUGAAGUCAGACAUAGAAGUAACUGCAACCAUGUCCAAUGUUCUAUUUAGGACGAUCUGUGAAGAGAAUCAAGUCCAACAGGCUGAGAAAAAUGAUAUUUAAUCGAGAUCCCAAGGAAGUAGAUCUAAGCAGGUGUGAAAACUGCAGAAGCAGCACACUACUAUCAGUACCAGAAAACGUUUUCAACAGAAUGUUGUCAAACCGAACCAAAGAUUCGUUAAACACAUAAUUUCAAGAUGAACAGGUCGGAUUCCGUACGAAUUAUUAUUAUUUGUUGACCUUGAUCACGCUGACAUGUCACUUAAUAAAUAUUAUAUCUAAUACAACUGUACUGUCAAGUACCAUGUCAAGCUAAAAACGGGUUAUUUUAACUUGCGGAAUGUCCAGUUUAUUCGUCCAUCUUGAGUCACACUUUGACCUGGCCAAUUAUUCUCUCACAAAACUUGACUGCUUUUAUAUGAGCGUACGUGUGUGUGUUGCUUAUCCUACCCAUCACAUGUCUGUAGCUUAUUUUUGUCUUGCUAUAAAUAUUGAGUCACGCUUUAUUAAAGGGAGUUGACACACUUACCUUUCCUACUUUUCAUUAUGAAUGUCUAUCUGGAUCAACGAGUGCUUAGAAUGAAUUCAUCUAACGCAACCCAUAAUUGGCUUCUUAUUACCGCCGUCACACAAACAGGGUAAGGCUAUAUAAUAGACGGAGUUAAAUGUCAGAUUUAUAUUUGUAGCAUAUUCAUACGUUCAUCCAUAUCGGAGUCAAAUUAACAGGCCACAAACUACUAACUAUUCUAGAAGUACUGUUGUUUUCAUUUUUACAACUACAUUGAUACUGAUUUUUCUCUAUACUAAUAAUUAACGUUUUGUAUUGUUGUACUUUCAGUGUUAAAUAUACUUAAAUUAAUUAGAGACUUCAUAUUUCUUCCGCUCCUUUGAUCUUAAAUUAAAUACAAACGGAAUCUGUAUUGUUUCACAAGAACUACGAUGACGUAGAAAUAAGUACAAGCAUUUAACUGAUAAAUUAUUUUAAACUAAUGAUGAAGUCAUUUUAUGUGUAUCCGUUUCUGUUUGAGUGAAUUUGAAUGAAUGAUUAUAGUUGUAUGUAUAUUUCUACAGUAUAGUCUUGAUAAAGUUUUGAUCAUUCAAUAUUUUGGUGGAAUAGUAAGCAAUUUAUCUGAAGUAUUUCUGUAAAAGAUUGUUGUGUGAAAUUCGCAUAAAUCACUGAAUCUUGAUAUAGAAAUUUAUUGAUGUUGAUUAGCAUGACGUUUACGCAAGCGACAAAAUUCAUGAUUUCAUUUACAUUGAAAUGCAUGUUGAUUGUUCUUUAAGUGAUUCGAUUAGAGAAUAUACCAAACUCCAUGACCGUUGGCAUUUCUUAUUGCAUGUCAAUAAAAUGUUCGAGAAUACUUAAAAUUUGGUCUCAAUAUCUAGUUCAUCAGGAAGAAAUAAAGUGCUCAGUUACUAUGAAUACUGCCAUUAUUUUGUGAGGAUAUCACUGAGUUUUCCCAAUACUUCGAAAUAAUGAGCAGUGAGAAAAACGCAGCAUCUCUUUGGGUUUGCUGACAAAGUAGCAAUGAAAGAGAUAACAAUCAACUUAUUAUCACAUCGGUAAAUUCAUGGGUCUCACCGAACCACACUACGGAGAACCAGAUCAAUCAUUUUGCAUCUCUAACAAAUUCAGAUCAAUGGAAGACGUGAGAACUAAGAGAGAGAGAGAGAGGCCUAUAUAACUUCAGAUCGAGACCCUGAUCGGGAUUCAAGAAAGAAAGAAAGAACAAAAAGACAGCAAUUAACAACAGUCGAACAGGAACAGAGAAAUCCAAGGUACAGACCAAAUACGCAGAAGCAAACAAGCAAGUGAAGAUGAGCAUGAGACUUGACAAACAGAAAUACGUGGAAGACCUAGCAACGGCAGUGGACAAAGCUGCAACAGAAGGAUAUAUCAGAAAAGUAUAUGAUAUAACGAAUAAACUGGUAGGGUAAUAUAGUAAACCAUAGCAACCAAUCAAGGACGAAGAAGGCAAGCCAAUGAGUGCGGUUCAAGAAUGGUGGAACAGGUGGAUUGAACAAUUUGGAGAGCUCUUCAACAGAUUAGCUCAUAGAACACACUGUACAUCGAUGCAACACACAUACAGACCUUCCUAUAGAUCUCACUCCACCUACAAUCGAAGAAAUCAGGAUGAACGCCAGACAAAUCAAGUGUGAAAAAUCAGUUGGACCUGACAACAUAUCAGACGGAGCAUUGAAGUCAGACAUAGAAGUAACUGCAACCAUGUCCAAUGUUCUAUUUAGGACGAUCUGUGAAGAGAAUCAAGUCCAACAGGCUGAGAAAAAUGAUAUUUAAUCGAGAUCCCAAGGAAGUAGAUCUAAGCAGGUGUGAAAACUGCAGAAGCAGCACACUACUAUCAGUACCAGAAAACGUUUUCAACAGAAUGUUGUCAAACCGAACCAAAGAUUCGUUAAACACAUAAUUUCAAGAUGAACAGGUCGGAUUCCGUACGAAUUAUUAUUAUUUGUUGACCUUGAUCACGCUGACAUGUCACUUAAUAAAUAUUAUAUCUAAUACAACUGUACUGUCAAGUACCAUGUCAAGCUAAAAACGGGUUAUUUUAACUUGCGGAAUGUCCAGUUUAUUCGUCCAUCUUGAGUCACACUUUGACCUGGCCAAUUAUUCUCUCACAAAACUUGACUGCUUUUAUAUGAGCGUACGUGUGUGUGUUGCUUAUCCUACCCAUCACAUGUCUGUAGCUUAUUUUUGUCUUGCUAUAAAUAUUGAGUCACGCUUUAUUAAAGGGAGUUGACACACUUACCUUUCCUACUUUUCAUUAUGAAUGUCUAUCUGGAUCAACGAGUGCUUAGAAUGAAUUCAUCUAACGCAACCCAUAAUUGGCUUCUUAUUACCGCCGUCACACAAACAGGGUAAGGCUAUAUAAUAGACGGAGUUAAAUGUCAGAUUUAUAUUUUUAGCAUAUUCAUACGUUCAUCCAUAUCGGAGUCAAAUUAACAGGCCACAAACUACUAACUAUUCUAGAAGUACUGUUGUUUUCAUUUUUACAACUACAUUGAUACUGAUUUUUCUCUAUACUAAUAAUUAACGUUUUGUAUUGUUGUACUUUCAGUGUUAAAUAUACUUAAAUUAAUUAGAGACUUCAUAUUUCUUCCGCUCCUUUGAUCUUAAAUUAAAUACAAACGGAAUCUGUAUUGUUUCACAAGAACUACGAUGACGUAGAAAUAAGUACAAGCAUUUAACUGAUAAAUUAUUUUAAACUAAUGAUGAAGUCAUUUUAUGUGUAUCCGUUUCUGUUUGAGUGAAUUUGAAUGAAUGAUUAUAGUUGUAUGUAUAUUUCUACAGUAUAGUCUUGAUAAAGUUUUGAUCAUUCAAUAUUUUGGUGGAAUAGUAAGCAAUUUAUCUGAAGUAUUUCUGUAAAAGAUUGUUGUGUGAAAUUCGCAUAAAUCACUGAAUCUUGAUAUAGAAAUUUAUUGAUGUUGAUUAGCAUGACGUUUACGCAAGCGACAAAAUUCAUGAUUUCAUUUACAUUGAAAUGCAUGUUGAUUGUUCUUUAAGUGAUUCGAUUAGAGAAUAUACCAAACUCCAUGACCGUUGGCAUUUCUUAUUGCAUGUCAAUAAAAUGUUCGAGAAUACUUAAAAUUUGGUCUCAAUAUCUAGUUCAUCAGGAAGAAAUAAAGUGCUCAGUUACUAUGAAUACUGCCAUUAUUUUGUGAGGAUAUCACUGAGUUUUCCCAAUACUUCGAAAUAAUGAGCAGUGAGAAAAACGCAGCAUCUCUUUGGGUUUGCUGACAAAGUAGCAAUGAAAGAGAUAACAAUCAACUUAUUAUCACAUCGGUAAAUUCAUGGGUCUCACCGAACCACACUACGGAGAACCAGAUCAAUCAUUUUGCAUCUCUAACAAAUUCAGAUCAAUGGAAGACGUGAGAACUAAGAGAGAGAGAGAGGCCUAUAUAACUUCAGAUCGAGACCCUGAUCGGGAUUCAAGAAAGAAAGAAAGAACAAAAAGACAGCAAUUAACAACAGUCGAACAGGAACAGAGAAAUCCAAGGUACAGACCAAAUACGCAGAAGCAAACAAGCAAGUGAAGAUGAGCAUGAGACUUGACAAACAGAAAUACGUGGAAGACCUAGCAACGGCAGUGGACAAAGCUGCAACAGAAGGAUAUAUCAGAAAAGUAUAUGAUAUAACGAAUAAACUGGUAGGGUAAUAUAGUAAACCAUAGCAACCAAUCAAGGACGAAGAAGGCAAGCCAAUGAGUGCGGUUCAAGAAUGGUGGAACAGGUGGAUUGAACAAUUUGGAGAGCUCUUCAACAGAUUAGCUCAUAGAACACACUGUACAUCGAUGCAACACACAUACAGACCUUCCUAUAGAUCUCACUCCACCUACAAUCGAAGAAAUCAGGAUGAACGCCAGACAAAUCAAGUGUGAAAAAUCAGUUGGACCUGACAACAUAUCAGACGGAGCAUUGAAGUCAGACAUAGAAGUAACUGCAACCAUGUCCAAUGUUCUAUUUAGGACGAUCUGUGAAGAGAAUCAAGUCCAACAGGCUGAGAAAAAUGAUAUUUAAUCGAGAUCCCAAGGAAGUAGAUCUAAGCAGGUGUGAAAACUGCAGAAGCAGCACACUACUAUCAGUACCAGAAAACGUUUUCAACAGAAUGUUGUCAAACCGAACCAAAGAUUCGUUAAACACAUAAUUUCAAGAUGAACAGGUCGGAUUCCGUACGAAUUAUUAUUAUUUGUUGACCUUGAUCACGCUGACAUGUCACUUAAUAAAUAUUAUAUCUAAUACAACUGUACUGUCAAGUACCAUGUCAAGCUAAAAACGGGUUAUUUUAACUUGCGGAAUGUCCAGUUUAUUCGUCCAUCUUGAGUCACACUUUGACCUGGCCAAUUAUUCUCUCACAAAACUUGACUGCUUUUAUAUGAGCGUACGUGUGUGUGUUGCUUAUCCUACCCAUCACAUGUCUGUAGCUUAUUUUUGUCUUGCUAUAAAUAUUGAGUCACGCUUUAUUAAAGGGAGUUGACACACUUACCUUUCCUACUUUUCAUUAUGAAUGUCUAUCUGGAUCAACGAGUGCUUAGAAUGAAUUCAUCUAACGCAACCCAUAAUUGGCUUCUUAUUACCGCCGUCACACAAACAGGGUAAGGCUAUAUAAUAGACGGAGUUAAAUGUCAGAUUUAUAUUUUUAGCAUAUUCAUACGUUCAUCCAUAUCGGAGUCAAAUUAACAGGCCACAAACUACUAACUAUUCUAGAAGUACUGUUGUUUUCAUUUUUACAACUACAUUGAUACUGAUUUUUCUCUAUACUAAUAAUUAACGUUUUGUAUUGUUGUACUUUCAGUGUUAAAUAUACUUAAAUUAAUUAGAGACUUCAUAUUUCUUCCGCUCCUUUGAUCUUAAAUUAAAUACAAACGGAAUCUGUAUUGUUUCACAAGAACUACGAUGACGUAGAAAUAAGUACAAGUAUUUAACUGAUAAAUUAUUUUAGACUAAUGAUGAAGUCAUUUUAUGUGUAUCCGUUUCUGUUUGAGUGAAUUUGAAUGAAUGAUUAUAGUUGUAUGUAUAUUUCUACAGUAUAGUCUUGAUAAAUUUUUGAUGGUAUAGUUAGGAAUUGCUAUUAGGCAUUUUUUGAAAGAUUGGUGUUGGUUAUCAGUUUGUUUCCUGUGCCCAAAAUAUGAAGAAGUAUGCUUCGAAGUUGGUCUCAUCGAUAUCAGGUUUUCCAGAAAAGAAUAGUGCUCAAUUAUUAGGAAUACUGCUGUUAUUCUUAACUUGAUCUGCUGGUGGCAAGAUUUGCCUGAAGAUUCCGAGGAAUGUACUCACACAUAGUAGGAUGGUUAAUCCCAAAUGAGUCGACAACCUGUGAUAUAUGUUAGUGAAUAUGUUUACCAACUUAUAUAAACUGCACGUGAACAUUUGUGCAUAUAAACCAUAGAAGAACCUCAAGAAUUCUGAACAAAAUGAGAAAGUAAGGAAAUAUAUUUCUUUAGUUAGAUGGUUAAAAGUAAUGGAUAGGAAACACUGGUGGGGGGUUUCGUGCCACUUGGCAUAAAUCAAGUAAGUUUAUGUGUAAGUUCAAGGGGACUCAUGUUCCUGACACAUUCAAUCUCAACAUUGGUUCUGGCCUUGAUUAUAGACCGGUCGUUCUAAUCAGUUGUCAGAAAUAAACAACGAUUGAAAAGAUCUUUAGUAUCAUAGAAGCACGAAACACACUGAAAUUUAUCAUGGUGGACUAGUGAAAUUGAAGAUAUAAUGAAUGUUGUAAAUUAAUGUGAAAUGUGAAAGACGAUUCACGAUCACCAGGCAUGGUGACAAGCAAUUUAUUGAUUAUGUAAUGAAGGACACAGUUGCGAACCUAUCCUAACCGUGGUAAUUACAUCGUCAGUCUAUUACAUCAUUUUUGUAAUUUUCUUCUUUCCUAUUUGUAUUUGCAUCAUCUAUUUUGAAGUCAUGACUUAGUUUAACUGACUGAUCUGAACUGAUGUUAUUCUUAAUUGCUAUUAAUUUUUGUUCAACUGCUGCUAUAUAUAUUUUACGUAAUCCAUUCACUCACAUCGAAUCAACUAAAACAUGCUCUUGUACAUCUCUAGUACAUUUCGAAAUCUGUAAGGAUACUCAAAAUAGCCGAAUCUUUGUCUAUAGAAACAUAUGGAAUUAUCUAUUCCACUUCCACUAAAUUAAAUAGCAUAUCGCAUAUAUUUAUCUUCUUAAAAUAAAUCAGUUUAUUGACUGUGUCGAUGGUUGAAUCAAGUCUUUAAUAUAUAGUAAUCGAAACAAGGAUGAAUAAUCGAUUCUAAGUAUAUCGUAUAAAAUGGUAUCCGAAUCAUUCCUGUUGACGUCGUUCAGUCAGGUAGUAAUUGCUUCAACAGUGAAUAAUCAAAUUGAUGACGAGUACUGAAUUGAAAAUAAUCUUAUUGAGAAUUUUCCUGACACCCUUUAAAGAAAUUUGUGAAUCUAAAUAAAGGUAAUUAUCUGGUCACACAUAAAUUCACAAUCCAUUAUCAUUUAUCUAAAUAAUGAUAAUAAUAAGCCAAAUUUUAUAUGAAAGAAGUUUCAUUUAAAAAUAUGCGACUGGUACCACAGAUAAACACAAUAAUACGGUCAGUAUAUAUCUGUUAUUAUUUAAUCAAUCUGAUUGAUUAGAUAUUACAUUCAAUUCACUUUAAAUUCGUGUACAAUUCAAUCGUCACAUAUCAAACAGACUCAACAUCAAAGUCACACCACCGUAUUCAAACACAAUGAAAGAGACAGUCGGUUCACGGAGAAAAUUAUGUAUCAUCAACAAACGAUUGGAUGGGAAAAUAGCAAUCGUGACAGGAUGUAACACUGGAAUCGGUCUUUAUACAGCCAGUGAAUUAGCUCAUCGUGGUGCGACAGUCAUUAUGGCAUGUAGAAAUAUUGAACGAGCCAACAAAGCUAAAACACGUCUAUUGGAAAUGUAUGGUAAGAAUAAUGAGAAAAGUGGCGAAACAGAUACUGCAUGUAGUCAAAUGAAGCCAUAUUUAAAGCCCAUCGAGUCGGAUCAGUUGAUCAUUGAACAACUUGAUCUGGCUUUGUUAACAUCAAUCAGAGAAUUUGUUGACAGAAUCAAAAGUAAAUACAAUAAAGUAGAUUUUCUCAUCAACAAUGCUGGACUCAUACUACAGAACUAUACAACAACUGAAGAUGGUUUUGAAAUGACAAUGGGAGUGAAUUAUUUUGGACCAUUUCUACUGACAGAAUUGUUGUUACCAUUGUUGAGGAAUGCUGCACCAUCACGAAUAAUAAAUGUGUCAUCUGCACUGCAUAAAGAUGGAUGCAUUCUAAAACCUGAUUUGCAGUACAGUAAGGAAAAUUAUAAUGCAAUGAAGGCAUAUAGUGUAUCGAAAUUGGCAAAUGUGAUACAUACUAUUGAAUUGAAUGAACGUUUGAAAGAUAGUGGUGUGGUGGCUGUCUGUUUACAUCCCGGAGCUGUCAAAACUGAAUUGAUGAGAGAUCUGACAAAUUUUCCUAUGAAUAUUAUACUGCCAUUCGUCCGCAAAUUACUUAAUACACCGAGGGAUGGCGCACAAACCACUCUAUAUACUGUAUUAACAGAUAACUUGUCUCCUGGAGGUUAUUAUUCAAAUUGCACAUUGAAAAAACCUUCAAAAUCUGUUCAAAAUGGGGAAGACAGAAAAUGGUUUUGGAAUAAAACAUGUGAACUAUUAAACAUACAAUGUGAUAACUAGGUGUGAAUGACUACUCAAGUGAACUGUGUAGACAGAAUUCGGUGUUCAUUUUGAUGAUCGUAUUGAGACAAAUUCACCAAUAAAUCAGUUAAUAGAAUGUGAUAAUUUUCAAUUUGGUGUUAUUUACAAUAUGAUUUCCCUUUGUACACACUGAUUUGAGUGAAUGAAAGCGUUUCUCUUUUCAAAGAGUUAACAGUUUGUGUGUGUUUUCUGUUAGAUUAAUAGUUAGUUGACUGGAUGGUGUGAGUAUUGCAUGAAUAAUUUGACGGGAUGUGAUUUUGUUUGUUGAUGAACUGAUCGACUUGAAAACAGUUUUCAUCAGGGAAUGAGAUGAGUGGAAGAGUCAUUUUCACAAAUGUUCACAUCUCGAUCUCUGUUGACAUUCACCACAUCACAUGAGAUCGAAGUCAGCACAUCGACUUACCUUUCCAGUUUGAUAUUGACUGAAUGAAAGAAAAGUGACUCUCACUCGAAAGGUUAUACGUAACUAAGUACCACACAUCUAGUCCGUUUCAACAUCGUUCUCAAUCAUUCUUCACCAAAUGAUUCCUUCUGAGACCAAUGCAUAUCUCGUGGACAACACAAAUUAUUCACUUUGUGUGAAUACACAUGAUCAAUCUCAAAUGAUUUUCUAUGCGAAAAUCUGCCAUUCACCAAUAUUACUAAGUAUAUACGACUGUUGCGGGUAUAUUACAACAGUUGGUAUUUCCGAGUGAACAAUUAUUGUUUGUAUCUUGAAAUAUAAGUGACAACACACUGUUAAUCGUCAACGAAGCACAAAUGCCAUUUCGGUUCACUGCACUCGGAAUAGUGUUUAUACUCGAAUUA